CAUCAACACCCCCACUCUUUGUUCCAUUUUUUCUUCCAUCUCAAUGCAUAGCAAAUUGACCAUGUAAACAGAGUGGCCAUAACUAGAGAAGGCAAUCUCCAAAGAGAGGAUGGAGGAGGAGGAGGCUCCCCUCCAGCCUCCUUCCUCCUCCUCCGACUUCGAAUCACCCGUCUCAUCGUCGCCCUCCUCUCGCCGCUCCUCCACACACUUAUGCCCCGCCGACGAGCUCUUCUACAAGGGCCAGCUCCUCCCCCUCCACCUCUCUCCGAGGAUCUCAAUGGUCCGGACUCUCCUGCUUUCGUCCUCCUCCACCUCUUCGUCCUCCACAGACACCAACACCACCGCCUCUCGAGACUCCAACGGUAGCUCUUCCUCUUCUUCUUCCUCCUCCGGAGUCCCGGCUGAGCUCUUGCUCCUCCUACCGGAAUGCGACUCGUCCCGUCCGAGCUCGGUCACGGAGGAGGAGGCCCGGAGGGCUGUACCCUCCUCCGCCACCAAGCGCAACAGGUACUUCGCAUCCUUUGCCAAUCGCUUCUCCUCGGUCUUCCUCAACCGAGGCGGAAGCAAGAAGGAUUUCGCUUCCGCCGCGGACAUGGACCUCGACUAUCAAAUACCAGCUCCUCCGCCGACACCGCCUGGUAAAAGGGUCAACGCCACCGCGAAGGAGGUGAUAAAGAAGUACGUCAAGAAGGUCAAACCUCUCUAUGAAAGGCUUUCUCCUCUGCAGAAAAAUCAGAGCCAGAGCCAUAACCUGACCCAGCACCAGAAGAAGAAGACCUUCUCCUUCUCAAUCAGGAGGCAGAGGGACGUCAACAUCACCAACUGCAACAUCGUCGAGUCCUUGAAGAAGUUGGACGAGGAGGAGGAUGGAGAAGCUGCGAUGAGAGGGGUAUACCCGCAUCAUGCACAUUCGAGCUCGUUCUCCGGGAACCUCAGAUUCCCCCGGAGGAAGAAGUGCGCAGGGAGCUGCCCUUCGUCGAUGCGGUCGUCGCCGACACAUUCCGGAUUGCUCCGGCUCGGCGGGGGCGGGCCUGGCGGAUUUCCGACGGACCCGUCUGCAGGGCUGGUAUCUUCAUCAUCGUCGUCAUCAAUGGAGGAGCUACAGAGUGCCAUUCAGGGUGCGAUCGCACACUGCAAGAAUACAAUGCUCCAGUCUCAUCAGAAGAAGUCUCUUUCUAUUGAUGCCGCUCCUGCCAACUGAUGUCCUCUUGUUGUUUAGAACUUAGAUUAAACACUCUUCAUUAAUCCAGCAGAAUCUAGCUUUCUCUCUCUCUCUCUCUGCUUGUUCUAUGUAUCUGCAUGUUAUGUUCAGAAAACUUUUAGUGUAUGGAGAAUCCUUAACACACAGUGUAUGAGCUGUAUGAGCUUUCUGCUACUUGCACUGUACUCAUUCUGCCAUUCUCUUCACUUCAGCAUUAACUCCAUAAUAAUGGGUCCGCAAAAAUUUUAUGAAGUGUUUUUUUUU